GGGGGGCGGGCGGGCUGUGGGACUGGGCCGCCGCUGUCCCCUUCCGGGCCUGGGUCCGCUGACGGUCCCUCUUCCCACAGGCCGCAGCCGCCAUGAACCAGUUCAACUUCGGGUCGGGUGCGGCGGGAGGCGGUUUCGCUUUCGGCACGCCGAAGACGGCCACCACGACGGCCACGACGGGCUUCUCCUUCUCCACACCUGCCGCCUCGGGGGGCUUCAGCUUCGGGAGCACGGCCCAGACGCCUGCCAGCAGCCAGCCCGCCGGUCUCUUCUCCUUCAGCACGCCGGGCACUGCCGCGCAGCCUGCCAGCUUCAGCUUCGGGACGCCGGUCACGGCCACCGCGGCUCCGGCAGCAAACGUAUUCCCGCUGGGUGCAAACGCACCAAAAUUAAACUUUGGAGGCAGCACUGUGACUCAAGCUACUGGAAUCACGGGCAGCUUUGGAUUUGGUAGCUCUGUACCAACCAGCGUGCCCUCAAGUCAAGCAGCAGCCCCUUCUGGCUUUGUGUUUGGAUCUGCUGGCACCACCACCACCACCGCGCAGUCUGGGACAACUGGAGGGUUUACUUUCUCCAGUGGUACCACAACUCAGGCCGGCACAGCCAGCUUCAACAUCGGCGCCACAGCUCCGCAAGCAGCGCCGACAGGGUUGACCUUUGGAACAGCACCUACAACUGCUGCCACCACUGCUACCACCUUAGGAGCUCCAACCCAGUCAACAACCCCCUUCAGCCUUGGGGGGCAGUCCACAGUUCUAAACUUUGGGUCAUUGCCUUCAACAGCAGCCACUAGUGCACCCACGGCAACGCUGACCACUAGUACCAGCCAGGGACCCGCUCUGUCCUUUGGAACCAAACUUGGAGUAACACCCACAGCUGCUACAACUGCCUCCACCACCACAGCCUCCGUUCUUGGUUCAACAGGGCCUACGUUGCUUGCGUCUAUAGCGAGUUCUUCAGCACUGACGUCGUCUACCACCACAGGCCUCUCACUUGGUGCCCCUUCCACUGGGACAGCCAAUCUUGGAACGCUUGGGUUUGGGUUAAAAGUUCCUGGAACAACAGCUGCCGCAACAAGCACUGCCACUAGCACAACUUCUGCUUCUGGCUUUGCUUUGAAUCUGAAGCCAUUAAAUACGACUGGUGCCAUUGGAGCUGGGACUUCUACAGCUGCCGUAACCACAACAACAACAACCACCGCACCUCCAGUGAUGACUUAUGCCCAGCUGGAGAGUUUGAUAAACAAGUGGAGUCUGGAACUGGAAGACCAAGAGAAACACUUUCUCCAUCAAGCUACGCAAGUUAAUGCCUGGGAUCGGACGCUGAUAGAGAAUGGAGAGAAGAUUACUUCAUUACACAGAGAAGUAGAGAAAGUGAAGCUUGAUCAGAAGAGACUGGAUCAGGAGCUAGACUUCAUUCUGUCACAGCAGAAAGAGCUUGAAGACUUGUUGACCCCUCUGGAGGAGUCUGUGAAGGAACAGAGCGGGACUAUCUACUUGCAGCAUGCGGACGAAGAACGGGAGAGAACCUAUAAGCUGGCUGAAAACAUAGAUGCUCAGUUGAAGCGUAUGGCACAAGAUCUGAAGGACAUCAUUGAGCACUUGAAUACGUCAGGAGGCCCAGCAGACACAAGUGACCCGCUUCAGCAGAUCUGUAAAAUUUUGAAUGCACACAUGGAUUCAUUGCAGUGGAUUGACCAGAACUCAGGUAAACAGGUGAGGCGAGGGAGGUGUGUGUUUAAUGUUAUCAUCCUCCCCCCCUGCAACUGGAAAGCCAAAGCCAGGUUAAUAACGAUUCAUUCUCUCUGGGAAAUGUGCAUCUAAAGAAACAAGUUCAUCUUCAGUUCACCUUCAAACAAGAAAGAAGCAAUUGCAGCUUUUAAAAAAGGUUAAUGUGUGUCUCUGUUUCUGUGGGGUUCUUAGCAAGGAGAAGAAUUCUUGUUACUGCGUGCGCUUGAGUGGCACGGUGGAAAAACAGUUCACUUUUGAAGUAAGCCUUUGUGCGGCCCUUGCCAUUAGUAAAUUGAGUAGGCCUGGAAGGACUCAUUCCUUAACAUUCUUUUUGUAUUAAGAAAACCCCAAAUCCCACAAACCAGAACUGAGAUAUCUGUGCUGUGGGUAAUGUUACCUCUUUGCUUCCUGUGGAACACCUCGAGGACACAACAGCCAGUGAUCUUUUCUAGGCAUACUCAUACACAGUGGCUAUUAACUUGUCUGUCUUGUUAAACAAUUACGUGCAACUGUGGCACUUUAUUCAAAUUACUGUUAACCUAGACUGUGACAAUUCAGUGGACUUGCUGAACAUGGACACAGGGUGGUGCUGCUUCUGCGAGUGAGGAGGAGUGUUUGGACAAAGCCUUGUUCUGACUUUCUGCCUCUUCCUGAGGGAACCAGAAAGUCUUCUCUUUUGUAGUUACAACUGAAUUCCAAGUUGAGCGAGAGAGAUCUGCGAGACAGGGAAGCAGACUGUCACUUUUCAAAAAUUCACCAUGCAGAAAUGAUUAUGGCAUAAAAUGGCAAACGGAAAUGUAUUGCUUAGUAUGUUACUGGAAGAUUCUAGGUUUGGCGUGCUGUACGAAAUAAAACCGAACCUGGAAUACCUGUCUCCAAGGCACAGGCCGACAUAAGGCCUGUUGAAUUGCUUCUGAUAAGCUUUCAUGGAAUGAAAUGAGAAAUUGCUUUAGCUUGUGCUGAGAUUUUUUGUAUAUCGCAGUGCCUGCUGCGUUUCCAGCUGAUGGUCCAUCAGUGGCUUACGAAUUUCCAAAUGGGUGAUGUGCAAAAAAGAGAUGACCUGUGUUGUCGCUGCAAGUGCUUCUGCAGCUUGUCUGUGCAAUUGCACCAUCUUUUCUGUAUUUACAGUUAAAAGCUUGUUAUGGCUGUGUGAUAUCCGGCAAGAAAUAUGUAUAUACUUCUAACAGGUUGUGUGGUUUGCCUGUAAUUUGCAUAAUUCAAAAGGAGUUUAGCAGGCGGUGGGUAGGGGAAACUGGUGUAUCCAGCAAUUGCUUUUUCUCAACCUGCAGACCAGCUUUUGCAGCUCCUGUUCAGGGAGGGUUUGCUCUGCUCUCUGAGAUGCAGUGCCCUGAAACUGCAGCAAACUGGCAUGGCAAACAGUGUCAACAGCAUGUCCCGGGACUGUUCCGGUUCUGCCUGCCAGUCCCUGAAUGCCUCAGAAUACUGUUUAGACAAUCUCCUUUGCCUUGGAGUGCGGCGGUGCUUUAUAUUGGGUUUUCCUCCCUCUUUCUGCAAUGUCAAGUCUGAGUGACUGUCAAAAUGUUGUUUUUCUUUUUCCUUCUGCAAGCCAAGCUGUGUGGGGUUGUGUUUUAGGGUGAUCGUGAGAUUAAUUGCUUGUUUCUC